AUGAAGCUUCCCGAUAUCAUUACACGAAAGCGCAGACUCAAAGUCGGUAUAAGACCGCAACUCAUCAUAAUAGUGUGCUUCUCGUCACUAACGUCCCUUCUAAUCCUUGCCAUUGUCACCGGAAUAUACUUUUCCAAGAAUUUGUCUGCGCUACGAGGUGACCGACUUCUGGUCAUCGCUCAGCUCAAAGCGGUUCAAGUCAAACAAUCCAUACAGUUUCUCUACUUCCAAGUAGUGUCGCUAUCGCUGAAGGAUCUGAUAUCUUUUCCGCUUUCCUCUUAUCGAGCUGGAAAUACCUCUGCGGACAUGUUUGUUGCGGCGCAAGGUGCCCUUGACCAGUUCCUCUCUUCUUCAGAGACAUUUGUUCUGGCUCGGUUGUACAACCUUGAUCUCAAGAUUGUUGCGCAAUCACAGAGUAAUGUGCUCAACAUAAGUAGCACUGCGCAGGAUGCUCUUUAUCCGUUGCAACCGAACGCAAGCAUUCCUCUCGCUGUCACAACAAAAAACCAGUCAAACGCACUAGGAGCGGGAUACAUGUCUGGGCCAUUGAAAAACUCCUCGGAUUAUGAUGCUGCAUAUUUCUUGGGAAUAACCAUUCCCAUAUAUUCGAACUCAUCUAUUAUUAUUAACAGACCAGCUGUCUCCGGCUAUCUAAGUGUUUUAGCAUCUGCCGCAAAUGUUCAAGAUGCUCUAGAGACUACAGAAUCUUCGGAUUACGAUUCGUUAGCACUUCGAGCAAUCUAUCAAAAUGCAUCGGUGGCAGGCGACCCAGUCUAUCUCGUAGGUUUCGAGAGUAUAUUUCCAAACAUCAAUAGUCCACUCAUUCCAAACACACUUUACCCUAUUAAUAGUUCGGAAGCAGCUGGGCUAGCAUUAACCUUUGAAAGUGGACUUGAAAGUGACGCACCGCAAAUUGACGGUCCUAAUUUAGCUAUCGGUUUCACUAGAAUCGGCAUAGACUCAACUUCUUCUUGGAGUAUAUUGAUUCAACAAAAAAGAAGCACUUUUGUUGCACCUAUCAAGAAGCUUACUGAUAUUAUGAUCGGAGUUGUGAUCGGUACAGGUGCUUUUAUGUGCCUUGUUACGUUCGGAUUGGCAGUUUGGUUUAUCAAUCCAAUUACUAAAUUGAAAGAAGCCACAGAAGAAAUUACCCGACUGAAACGCGAGAAAGAUUCACAGAAUGGGGGAUAUAUUACACCGAACCAGUUUGAACAUGCUAGCGCGGCUUCAACCGAAAUGAACACCUGCGAGAAAAGAAAUUCUGUUAAUACAGUCAGCAGUGGAGGCUCAAAUGGUUAUACUACUGGUAUCAGACUUCCAGGUAAAAUUCCCAAAUCUAAGAAGCUAUUUAAAGAUGAGUUGACUGAACUCCUGGAUGCCUUUAACAUUAUGACGGAAGAGUUGGAGAAACAAUACACUCAUUUAGAAGACAGAGUUAAGCAGAGAACCAAAGAGCUAGAAGCCUCGAAAAUUGAAGCUGAGGCGGCAAAUGAAGCUAAAACCGUCUUCAUCGCCAACAUUUCCCAUGAGUUGCGAACACCACUUAAUGGAAUUUUGGGUAUGACCUCCAUCGCAAUGGAAGAGACAGAUCACCUGCAGAUCCAAGAUUCUUUGAAGCUUAUCCAUAGAUCUGGAGAGCUUCUUCUCCAUAUUUUCACGGAGCUUUUGACUUACUCAAAGAAUACACUCAACAGAUCAAAGCUCGAAAAAUCAAACUUUCAGAUUCUUGAAGUGGCUCAUCAAGUGAAAUCAAUCUUUGGAAAAGUUGCUCUGGAUCAGCGCGUUCACUUCAAAAUACUCAUUAAACCUAAUAUCAUGAGAAAACUUAUUUUGUUUGGGGACUCGAACAGAAUAAUUCAAAUCGUGAUGAAUCUUGUCUCUAACAGUUUGAAGUUUACUCCCGUGGAUGGUUCUGUUGACGUCUCUUUUAAGCUUGUGGGAGAAUAUGAUCACGAAGCUUCGAAGCUCACCGAAUUUUCAGAGGUUUGCCUCCUCAAAGAAACUGUAAAAUCGGGAAGCAAGCAUUCUUCGGAAACUACCAAAGCUGACGAGGAAGAUAAACACGCGCAGCUUUCUGUCAUAGGAGCUAAGGAUGCUAUGACAUCUUCCAGUGAAGGCGAUUCUACGAGUCUCAACGGCGAUGAACCUGAGAAGUAUCAUUCUCUGAACAAAAGCGUCUAUUCUACAAAAUCCAAUGACAACUGUCUCAUCAAUGACUCAGAUGCAUCUAGUUUGGCCACCAUAUCCACCACAGAAUAUGAAAACACUUUAUUCCAAUCACAGUUCACCUCAACAAAGCCUUUGCCUCAGGUUCCACGUAUUGCAAACCCAAGUUUGGAUACAACUUCCUCGCCAAGUGACUUAUCGCCAACCGCCGCAGAAAUGGAUGCUUUAGCAAGCUCUUCGCUGUCCGAUGUUCCAGCGCCGAAGCCAGAGGAAAAUUCCCCAGGAUGGCCAGACGCUGUUGAUCACAAUCAAACUUCUAAUUUUCCACCUCUGCCAGAACUCAACCCAAACAGCUUUAAAAGAAGAACAUCUAACCUUUCAUUGAAGCAUACUGACUCGGAUGCUUCCUUCUUGACUACUGAGCUAUCAAAUAGUGAGCUACUCAAAAACAACAAGGUAUAUCGUCUACGUAAAUUGUAUCACCCCAAGACGUGGGUUAUACAGAUCGAGGUCAAGGAUACGGGCUCUGGAAUUGAGCCAGCUCUCCAAGAGAAAGUUUUUGAGCCAUUCGUCCAGGGUGAUCAGACUCUAUCGAGAAGUUACGGUGGAACGGGCCUUGGCUUGUCCAUUUGUAGACAGCUUGCUAAGAUGAUGCAUGGAACAUUAACACUAAAAUCAAGCAUUGGAAAAGGCUCAACGUUUUUGUUCACUGUUCCUUUACCUCAAAAUGGCGAGAUUGUUGUUCCCGAAAUGGACAUGGAAGAAUUCAGUAAUGACGAGUUCAAUUCGAGUUCGAAAAUCAAUCGCAAGGUUCUUUUCGAUAUUGCUGAUGCCGACGAGCUGGAAAAUGACAGAAAAGAUUCUACUGCUUCUAAUGAGACUGACUCUGCUCCGAAACCAGCAAGGCUUAAAUCGUAUAGUACUAUUCGUAGCACCUCAACAGGCGCUGUGAAUCAGAUUUCAGGAGAGAGUUGUUUGGACAAUUUGUCACAUCUUAACAUUAUGGUUGCAGAAGAUAAUUCAGUGAACCAAGAGGUCAUUAAGAGAAUGCUUCGUUUGGAAGGUUUUACUAAUAUAACCAUGGCUGCGAACGGAGCUGAAGCAGUCGACUUGGUCAAAAACUCAUAUGACACUUUGAAGUUCUACGACAUUAUCUUCAUGGAUGUACAAAUGCCUAAGAUGGAUGGUUUGACUGCUACAAAGAUCAUUCGUAACAACCUACAAUUCAAAAAGCCGAUCAUUGCUUUGACUGCAUUCGCAGAUGAGAGCAACGUGAAGGAGUGUUUGACUUCUGGCAUGUCCGGAUUCUUGUCCAAGCCUAUUAAGAGAACUAAUUUGAGAAAAAUUGUCACUGAGUUUAGUCCAGCUUUACUCAGCGGAACAGUUACAACUCCCACAACAUUUUCUGAGGAAGAGAAGCGUCUUGGAUUCCCAUAG